GUUUUGUGUAUAAGUGACAUAAAACUAAAAUGAUGGCAUUUCAAAUUCAUCAUAUCCUAGAAAAGGGCAACACAAUGAGUGUUGAACUUGUUGAAGAAAGUGAGCAUGAACAUGAUAAACUUUUAUCUGUUGGAAAUGAUGAUAACUUGAACAAGCAAAAGUAUGUGAGUACAAAGGGAGAGGGAAGCCUUCACUCACUGAGAACAACAUCUGGAGGAGUGGAAGGGAGAAGCAACACAUUAAAUUCUCACAGCCCAAGUUCUAAGUCAACAGAAGUAAAGGCAGAGGACAGCAAUAUGAAGAUGCCAAACUGGAGGAAGAAAGUAUUGAAGGUUGCAGUAACCAUUAUGUUCUUUGUCAUGGCAAUAGGUGUCAUUGUAAUUUGGACAUUGCAUGAAGGUGGAGGUGAAAUCCUAAAGGAAGAUGGUGUCUUCACAUUUGAUAUUGAUGAACGUGAACUUUUCAUCAACCUUAAAGAGAAUGAGAAUGCUCUAAAGCUAAAACUUGGUGGAGAUGAAUUUAAAACACUGGCCAAAGAAACAUCAGUGAGUGACCAAUGUGAGGAUCCCGCUAACAAAUACUGUUAUGUUCUUAGAGAUGGGACAGCUGUAUUUCUGAGGUCAACUCAGAUGAAUGGAAUUCAGUGUUACCAUAUCAGCUGGAAAAACUUGACAUCCUUUCUACCAGAGGAUUGCUUUGAGUUAAAUCAUGGACACUGGUAUGGUCUUGUGAAUAAACAAAACCCAUCAGGAAACACAUGGCCAAUACAGAAUUUGCAAAUUUCCAAGCAAACAAUUCUUGCUGGCUACAAUAAGGGCAUAGGUAAUAUCUAUGAAUAUUAUUGGCUCUCAAGUACUGGAACAACAUUCUAUAUUUUUGAUGACUUUGCAGUUCAGAUAUCAUUCAACCAUUCCAACAGCAAUAAAUUUUGUGUCUCUCCUGUUCCCCGUGAAAACUCAAACUCACUUGAAUAUGCAGUUUGCCAAGGAACAUCCAUCAAAGAAGCUCACAUGGGAACAUCAAAGACAUUCGGCCUACAACCUGCUCUUGCUUUCAACAGUACAGACAUAGGAUGGAUGUUUGAUUAUGUUUGGGAUACUCAGAACCUUGGAGUAGAGGACAGGAGUAGCAUAGUUAACUUUAUCCUGAAUAACGUUUCCAUCAAUAACCUUAAUUGUGGUUUGUUAGAAAUUCCUUUGAGCUGGGAAGAAAAUAUUGGAGAUUUUAAUUUAAGUGUCAACCUUUUUCAGUCUGUAUUUAAAGAACUAAAGGAUUUAAAAUGUAACAUGAUAUACAACGUUUUUCCUGCUUCAUCAUUUGAAUCUUCAAAUUUUAUAUCUGGAAUAAGAUCAAAAAUGUUUGCUCUAAACACAUUCAGCAAUGCAACAUAUUUGUUGGACUAUAGAAAUACGCAAUGUGCGGUGUGGGAAUUGGGGAAUCAAUAUGUUCAAACAUUUAUUUUGAAAGAAUUGUCUGAUAUUGUGAACAAUUUUAAUGUUAAGAAGUUUUUUUUGCAAAGUAUCCCAUCAGUGGAUGGGCUAGAAGGACAUUGGCCUAGUAGAAGUAAGGAGUUAUACAGGCACUGGCUACACUUACUAAAUAACAUGACAGGACUGAAUUUCCAAGAAGAAACCUUCAGAACACAGAGCAUACCCUCUGCAGUCGAAAUUCUUUUCAAGCAACAUGCAAAUGAGAAAAAUGCAUCACAGACUUGUAUGACAAACAGUAUUCCUAAUUUAAUUACGCUGUCACUGUUUGGGUAUCCUUUACUCAUUUCAGCCCUUGACCUGUCUUUGAAUAAGUCUGUAGAUCCAGAUAUACUCCUAAGAUGGUUACAGGUUUCUGCAUUUAUCCCCGCAAUAAAAGUCCCAAUGGCAGCUUUAAUGCAAAAUACAAAUUUACUUUCUUAUGCAAGAAAGGACAUUCUUGAUCUGCAUAACUCAAUAUAUAAGAAACUGGAUUUUCUUAAAUAUUUGGAAAUGUCUAAAGAACCUCUUAUAAGGCCACUCUGGUGGUUAAAUCCUAAGGAUUCUGAAUCACUGACCAUUUCUGAUCAGUUCUUAGUUGGAGAUGAGUACCUGGUAGCCCCCCUUUUCUGUUCAGGUCAAAGAUCUAGGGACAUAUAUUUGCCUAAGACUGCUGACACAAGUGUAUGGCAGUACAUUUUUAGAAAUGGAACUAUCAGAAAUUUUGCAGCAGGGGGGUGGUUGCGAAAGUUUCGUGUAACAUUGUUCGAUAUUCCAUACUUUACUAGAAAAGUUGUGCUUCCUAUUUCCGAUGAUUAGUUGAAAGUGAAUUGCCUGUUGUAUUUGUGUACUUUUACCUAUUGCUAUUACUCAAGAAUUUGAUUCAGUUUACUAUUUUGGAAGAAGGAUGUUGGAUUGUGAAGCAAAAUCUAGUUAAUGAAUUGUUAUCUAUCUGCAUGAUUCAACUAUUUUACUCAUCUGUUGCACUUGUCUCUGCUUUUAAUAACAUGAUAUUAAUGAUAGAAUAUUCAAAUUUACACAUACUUGAAACAGGUUAGGAUGUUUUCUGCAUUGCUUUCAAAGUUCCUUGACUGAAUUAAAUUUAAAUUUGAGGAUGACUUAUUUUGAUCAAUUUCUUCUAAAAACAUACAAGAUCUUUUUGAGUUGACUCAGACUUUUCAUUUGUCUUGAAGUUGUUCUGCAUCUGUGGACAGAGACUCAUUUUUGAUAGUCAUUUUCUAUCAUUGCAUAUAUAAAAUUAAGUUUUGAUUGUUUUAAAUGUUAUCAUUGGAAUUGGACUUGACCCUUUACCUUGAAAUCAGUAAAUUUAUACUAAAAUAUAUUUAUCUGCUGAGUGUGAACUACUGUGAGUAUAUCUUCUGACCUCUCUGUAAAGUGAAUCAGAUUACACCAUACAUGUAUUCAAAUGCUGCAGUCUGGGCUGGCCUUGGCAUUUUACCUCAUCAUUGGUUCAUAAAACAUUACCUCUUUUGUUGAUGAAAUAUUCUGAUUAUCAGCAUUGAGUUAUUUGUUCAAUAUUACCAUUGGAUGUGACCUUUGUCUUUGACUUUGGAGGUGGUGAAUGAUUUGGAUAUUAAUCUUUGUUGAAGGUAACCAAUCAACCUGUUAUCUUCAAUUUUCAUGUAGGAUAUUAUCAAUGCAUUAAGAUAUAACAUUUAAGGAGGCUAGGGGGUCAACAAAUUAACCACCCGAUUUAUCUUAAUUUUUUAGAAAUGAUGUCUUAAGCUGUCAACUAUCAUUUGGCAAAGAAAAAUUUCAUACAUCUUAUUUUUAAAAUUUGGUCAUUUUUGUAUAUCUUUAUAUGGAGCUCUUCCUUUAAAGGAGGUAAAAAUAGUCUGAAAAUGGCCACAACCCCAGCCCCUUUAAUGAUUGAUAUGUUUUAAUAAAAAAACCCUAAAUUUUCAUAUGAGAUGUGGGGGGCAUGCUUCUGUUUCAAUACAAUGGUCUUGAUAAAUUACAGUCAAACCUUGUAAUCUCAAAGAUCUGAGGUUUCGAGAUAUGCAGGGGAAACUACUUAAUGAUAAGUGUUUGGGACUCCCAAAUCACUUCAACAUAUCCAUGGUAUUUGAGAUAUCAUGGUAAGAGAUAUCAAAGUUUAACUAUUGUUACAUCCAAUAGAUUUUCAAUGCUUUGAAUCCAAUUUAAAACAAACUUUAAAUUUAUCAUUCAGUUUCCGAUUUGAACAGUGCACAUGUAGUAAUAUUAUACUUUCAUGUAAAUUACUUGAAUCUGAUUCGUCGAGAAAAAUUUGAUAAAAAACACUACUACCCGCUGAAUAAUGAAACGACACCCUCCUGCGUAGCGACAGUCAACAUUGCUUGACGACGGGUGGUAUUCCAAAAAAUAACGACUGCGCGGGAUCUAUGCGCACACGGUUCACUGUAAUAUGUAUUUGUAUAAAACAUUCAGUAUGAUAUAAUAAAUAUUGCAUGUAGUUGAGUGUAACAUUGAAAAUUUUCACCCCUUGAAAACCAUUGUCUACCUCGGCUGCGCCUCGGUUGACAAUGGUUUUCUUGGGGUGAAAAUUUUCAAUGUUACACUCAACUACAUGCAAUAUUUAUAUAGUGUUACAUGAAGUGACUACAUGUGUGAAAUCUCAUUUUGUAAAUGAAGUAUUGAACCAUUUAAUGCUAAGAAAAUUAUGUUUUCUAAGUCAAUUGCAUAUAGGUUAUGCCCUAAUUGAUUUAGAACAAAUACAAAUCCAGUGCUGUUUUUUCACAUUAUUAGACCAUGUGUGCAAUUGUUAAUUAAUAGAAAAUUAUGUAUUGUGAGUGUUCUUUGUUAUUAAGUUAUCUAUGAAUAAUAGUUCAGUUAUUUUUUUGAAAUUUUAUUUAUUUUUUAUAGUGUAAUGAUAUGCAGAUUCUUAAUCUUUUUUUAUGAUUCAACUCAGUGAUGUGUUAAUAAUAUGUCUAAUAAUCUAUGUCAGCUAUAAUAAGUUAUAAACUUGAUCUGUUUUAUGAUCUCAAAUGCACAUGUCUUGAAUAUGUAGAAUUUAUUUUUACCAUUUUUGUCCAGAGCCCUAAUUUUUCAUAUUCCAAUUCUACCUUUAGUAUAUGUCCUUGUGAAAUUUCAAGCUUUUGUCACUAAUUUGAAAAUUAUUUAACAUAGAUCAUGUAGAUU